CUUCCUGUCAACAUAAGAUAAUAAUUGUAUAUAAACACUUCACUAUUCCACGCACGUUUCUCCGUGGCUGUUUGUGUUGUGCUCCAGUUCGUGUUUUGAAUCCUGCCUGAAAGAAAAGGCGUGCUGACUCAGUCUACCGUGUCGCGUCAACCUAGCCCAAACUAAAUUGUGCCAAGUUUGCCACCAGCCCAGACUCUGUUGACACCAAAGCUUCGCACUGAGAAAAUGUCCACCAACGCUGGACAUCAUUGAUGUAGACAUUUAGGGAAGAGUUGUGGUCGAAAAACUUGAGCGCGGAGGUUGUUUCAAUAUCCUGUUUGCAAAACCAACAAACCACCAGAAACAAAGUACAUAGAAGCUUGGAGCGCAUGCUCACUUUCCGCACAGGGUAAUGGAGGGAGAAGGAGAGUUAUUGGACCUGAGUCACCUGUCAGAGGCAGAGCAGGCAUCCAUCUUAGAGGUGUUGCUAAGGGACUCGGAGCUUCGUUGCCGGGAUGAGGGUCGUGUAAGGACCCUGCAGCAGAAAGAGUCAGACCCGGUGCGUCUGAGGUCACUGUCAGGGGCGUGGUUUAAUGAGGAGAGGAACAAACGGCACAGAGAUACAAAGGAUGGCGUUGAAAUCGUACAGGCCUCCUUACGACGCAGGAAGCCAAGAAUAGAUGUGGCCCUGAGUGGGGUAUUUAAUGGGCAGACAGAAGAGGCACCUCCCAUGACCAAGAAAGACCCAACCUCUCAGAUGAAGGAUCAGGAGGAGGACCAGAGAAGUAACAGGAGUCAAAACCGUCUCACACCUACACCCAGACCCAGAACCAGGAGCCCAAACACACAGAGUCCCCAGGACAGCAACAGCCACUCUUCAUCAUCAGAGUACUACAGCAGGAGGAACGGACACGGCGACGAGAGGGAGGAGACGUUACAGGACUCUGAUGAAGAUUGGGACUCUAUGUCUUCUGGUAUGACUGAACAAGAUCCCAAUACUCUAAGGCAUGGCAGUUCCAUUAGCAGCCUGAAGUCUAACAACACGCUGAGUGGCAGUAUGAUGAGCCUGUUCAGUUCAGGUGAGUUUGGUGCGGUAGAGGUGAAGGGACGUAUCCUGUUCUCAUUGGACUAUGACACUCAGAAGGAGGAGCUUCAUGUAAUGGUGUCUCGCUGUGAAGACCUGGCCGCCGCGCGCAAGAACCGCUCCGACCCGUAUGUGAAGGCGUAUCUCCUCCCUGAUAAGUCAUCUCACAGUAAGAAGAAAACAUCAGUGAAGAAAAAGACCCUCAGCCCAGUCUUUGACCAGACCCUAAAGUAUAAGAUCAGUGUGUCAGAGAUGCGUGGCAGGACCCUGAACUUAUCCGUGUGGCACGCUGCACCUCUGGGCAGGAACCUGUUCCUGGGAGAGGUUGAGCUGGAGCUAGCAACCUGGGACUGGACUCACACGCACCCUGACUGGUACCAGCUCGUACCACGGGUCCAGUGUAACCAAGACUCUAUCAGUAGUCGAGGAAUCAUGGUUCUCUCUAUUAAGUUCACCCCAGCAGGAUCGGAGGGUGCCGGUCUACCUCUAACAGGCGAGCUACACAUCUGGCUGCGGGAGGCGGUGGGUCUCCUUUCCACUAAAGGGGGUGCCAUCGACUCCUUCGUCAAGAGCUUUGUGCUGCCAGACGCCAGCCGGUCGAGCAGUCAGAAGACGCGCGUGGUCAGGCGAACGCUCAGUCCCACCUACAACCACACCAUGGUGUAUGACGGGUUCCAGCCGGCUGACCUAAAGGAGGCCUGCGCCGAGCUCACCGUCUGGCACCGCGAAGGGUUAAAAACACACCUACUGGGAGGGGUCAGACUCAGCCCCGGGACAGGUCUGAGCUACGGGCAACCAGUGUGUUGGAUGGAUUCCACAGAGGAGGAGGUGGCUGUGUGGACCUCCAUGAUGCAGAAGCCAAACCAGUGGAUAGAUACAACACUACGUAUCAGAACAAACCUUGUUCAACGCCCGGAGUGAUGCACUAACUGGUUUAACACCAAACUGGCCGUUAAAACUGUUUGUAAAAGUAAUGUUAGCGUCAUACCCCCGUGAGAUGUGGGUGGUUAUGAUUUUAGCCUAGGCGAGGGUUAGUUUUCCGGGCCUUUCAGAUUAAUCAAAUACAUUUCGGUUUGUGCAGUGCUGGGCUGUGGUUUAAAGAUGCACUCCAGUCUGCUAUUCUCAUGUAUCACUUGAUUUGCAUAACGAAGGGCACAUCUCAAUAUGCGGUCCAGGCAUAAAGUAACCUGUCACAAGUGAGGAGGUGGGACCAACUCUUGAAGUUUCCAAUUUAAAACAAAACAACAUCUUAAGUCUGAACAUUGCUGUAUUUAUAAUUGAAAUGUUUUUUUUCAUAAGGAAAAGUUGUUUUACCCAAGCCUAGCCGAUGCUCAAUACAGUUAUAUCCCCCUUUCUGUUGACUUAACACUGAUGAGGAAAUGGAUAGAGGAAACUGGGAAAUUACAUAUGACAUGGAAUAGAUUGUGUAACCUGCAGAUCUGGGUCAAAUGUGUCAAAUAAUUAUUUAGGAGCAUUUGAUGUACAUUUGAUGAGUCUUGGGGCUAUAAAUCCUGUGUUAUAAUCCAGGUUCUUUGAAUCCUGAAUGCUGAUAUAUGAGACAUUACUGCAGGUAUGACACCACUUUACUGCUCUAAUUGUUUGGUAACUUGUUUAUAAUAGUAGGGCAUCUCAGGGGUUUGUGGUGUACUGCCAAUAAACCACAUCCAAGCACUGUGUCCAGGCAGUCUGCAGUGCGUUGCGCAUAAGCCAGGGGGUUUGGCCGUAUUCCAGAUCCUCACGCCUUAUAUCGCUUUAUUUGCCAAACUGGGGAAACAAUGUCCGGUAUUUUAUUAAUCCAGGACUGAUUAUUGGUUGUGAUGUUUUACAAUGAACGGUUUAAGAUAAUUUUGUAUUAAUCAACAUGUAUGAAUAUUUCUUUGUAGUAACGAUACUUUACGUCAAUUAAAUAGCAUUUCAGUU